UUCUGGCUUAUUUUAUAGAUCGUAGAGUCUGUCCCUCCAGCGGGGCCUGAGGCGUCGCAGUCGACGACGGAGGAAAACGAAGAUGACAUUCAGUUUGUUAGUGAAGGACCAUCAAGACCUAUUGUUGAAUACAUUGAUUUGGUCUGUGGUGAUGAUGAAGAGCCUAGUACUUAUCAUAGUGAUAUUGUGUUCCCUAAAAUGCCAAAACGACAGGGUGAUUUUUUGCAUUUUUUAAAUGUGAAGAAGGUGAAAACAGACACAGAAAGUAAUAAUAGGAACAAAAAUCACUGUGGAUUGUGUGAAUCAAAGUUUGAAUAUAUUGAACAACCAGUCAUUGAAGAAAAACCAUCAUGUUCAUCAAAAGAAGAAAUAGAUAAUCAUGUGCUUCCAGAUUGUUGGAAUGAAAAACAAGCAUUUAUGUUUACAGAACAGUACAAAUGGCUUGAAAUAAAAGAAGGUAAAUUAGGAUGUAAGGAUUGCUCAACAGUUCGGCAUUUGGGAUCGAAAGCGGAGAAGCAUGUCCAUGUGUCCAAGGAAUGGAUUGCGUAUUUAAUAACUCCUAAUGGCAGUAAUAAAACUACUAGACAGGCUUCUCUGCGGAAAAAAAUUAGGGAACACGAUGUUUCUAAAGCGCAUGGUAAAAUUCAGGAUUUGUUAAAGGAAUCAGUUAAUGACUCAAUUUCUAAUUUAGUGCAUAAACAAAGUAAUAAAAAUAUUGAUGCUACUGUAAAAGUUUUCAAUACUGUUUACAGUUUAGUAAAACAUAAUAGACCUUUAUCUGAUAUUGAAGGGGCAAUAGAGUUACAAGAGAAAAAUGGAGAGGUCAAUUGUUUAAAUACGCGAUACAGUGCAACAAGAAUAGCAGAACAUAUUGCAAAAGAAAUGAAGAUGAAGAUAUUUAAGAAUAUUAUAGAAGAGAAUGCCAAAAUCUGUAUUAUAAUUGAUGACGCAUCUACAGUUUCGAAGAAAAGCACUCUAGUGAUUUAUCUCCAGUGCACAGUUCAGUCAGCUCCUGCACCAGUUAUGUUAUUUGUUGCUUUAAAAGAAUUGGUGUCAACCACAGCAGAGUGUAUUUUCAAUACAUUAUUGAGUACUUUAAAUGAUUGUGGCUUUACUAAUGAAUAUUUGAAAGCAAAUUUAAUUGCAUUUUGUUCUGAUGGUGCUAAUACAAUGCUGGGAAGAAAGUCUGGAGUAACUACAAAGUUGUUAGAAAGUUUUCCUGAAAUCAUUAUUUGGAACUGUUUAAACCAUCGAUUGCAGUUGUCACUUGAUGAUUCAAUAUCUGAAAUAAAACAAGUUAAUCAUUUAAAAAUAUUUCUUGAUAAAAUUUAUUCCAUUUAUCAUCAAUCUAAUAGAAAUCAAAAGAAGCUUUUAGAAACUGUAGCUAAAGAUCUUGAAGUGGAAAUUGUUAAAAUUGGCCGGGUAAUGGGACCAAGAUGGGCAGCGUGCAGGUUACAAGCUGCUACUGCUGUGUGGCACGCCUAUCCUGUGUUAUAUAUGCAUUUUUCUCAUUCUUAUUCUGGUUUGGCAAAGAGAUUAGCUAACAUUAAUUUCUUGCAAGACCUUGCUUUAAUGAUUGACAUUCUUGAAGAAUUUUCACUACUUUCAACUGCAUUACAGUCAAGAUCAACUAACAUUCAGAAAGCACAGAAGUUUAUCAAACGUACCAUAAGAGCUUUGGAAAAUUUAAAAAUUGGUACUGGGAAGCAUGAGUCACAAAUUGAAGGUUUGAUUAAGUCAGAUAAGUUUAAAGGUAUUCCAUUUAACAAAAGUAAUAAAUUUAAUGCCCUUCCUAGGAGUAUGUUACUAGAAAAUGUAAUUCGACACAUGAACUUACGUCUUUUAUCUGACAGGAACCAUGAUGAAAGUAUUUUUAAUUAUUUUGAUUUGCUAGAACCUUCUACAUGGCCCUAUGAAGAAAUAACUUCACCAUGGAUAGCUGGUGAAAAAAAAUUAUUUCAUCUAUGUGAAAUUUUAAAAUACGAGAUUGAUUUGAGUGAUUUUCGGGAAUUUGUCAAUAAUAAUAUAAAAUCAAACAAUGUUUCAAUUCCUGCAAGUAUACAAAAAGCUAAAAAGAUAGUUAGCACUAUUGCAAUCAAUAGCACUGCAGCUGAAAGAGGUUUCAAUUUAAUGAACAUAAUUUGUACAAGGGUGAGAAAUAGUUUAACAAUAGAUCACAUAUCAGAUUUGAUGACAAUAAAUUUGUUGGGGAAAGAGUUAGCAGAUUGGGAUGCAACUCCGUUUGUAAAAUCCUGGUCAAAUUGCAACCAUAGGUUGGCUACAGAUACAAGAGUUCGGCAAAAAUCAAAAACCUAUGAGAAUCGGUUGGCUGUAUGGAACUUACAAUAAAGAGUAUUGUGUAUGCUUUUAUCAUUUGUAAAUUGUAUGCUACCCAUCUUUUAUAUACAUAAAUUUUUUUUUUUAAAGCCAGUAGUUAAACUUUUAUCAGCACGUUGCUGUUUAAAAGGGAUUCUCCAAAGAGGUAAAGUUGAUGAUUGCUUUUAGGAGCUAUAGUUUUUUAGAGGUUGCCCCGUGUCUGCUAGAGUGAGCCAUAACAUGUUCCAAGGAGUGCUGUACAGAACAUCCAACCAUUUCCACUUUUGCUUUGUUUUACUUUAGUAAAGAUGCAAGAGAAUAGCAGAACCCAGAUAAGAUCUAAGCUGGAAAUUAUAU